AUGAGCAAGUGUUUUGAAGAUACAGAAGUAAGACCAGCAGUUGUCUAUCAGCCACGGGAUGAUGGUACAGGUUUGGUUUUAGGUCAAGAAUUUAGAACCAAGGAGGAAGCAAAAGUCCAUAUUCAGACGGCUUCACAUAAGAAAUGUUUUGAGUUUGAUAUAACUAAGUCGGAUACUCAGAGAUUUGUCGUUAAAUGCCGAGGAGCCAAAGACGGUUGCAAGUGGUUUGUGCGAGUUGCAAAGUUAAAGAAUACAGAUCUUUGGACGGUUAGAAGUAACAUCAAGCAUCAUACAUGUUCUGUUGUUACUACAAGAACACUGCCUAAUAGAAGGAAAGGCACAUCACAAAUCGUUGCAUCUGUUUUGGCUCAAGAUUAUCCUGGUACAUUUGACACACCAGUUCCCAAAGUUCUGAUCGAUUUGGUUCAUCGAAAGACAAAUAUUGGCACAAGAACUCGUGUGGUAGUGGAUGAGGCCAACAAAUUUAAGUAUCUGUUUUUUGCCCUGGGAGCUAGCAUAGAAGGGUUCAGUGCGAUGAGAAAAGUCCUCAUUGUGGAUGGAACACACCUGAAGAAUGUUUAUGGUGGAGUUCUCCUUGUUGCGACUGCUCAGGAUCCUGAUCAUCACCACUACCCAAUUGCGUUUGGUGUAGCAGAUGGUGAGAAUGAUGAAAGCUGGAUAUGGUUUAUGGAACAGUUGAAAUCAGUGAUAUCUGAUGUCCCGGGAUUGCCCACGUCCAUAACAACAAAUAUACUUGUGCAAGCAACUUAUACGGAGGCUGAGUUCAAGUACCAAUAUCAUGCUUUUCGCCGGAGGUAUCCUAGUGCAGCAGCGUAUCUUGACAAAAGUGUUGAAGAGAAGAAGUGGGCUAGAUGUUACUUCAGAGGAGAUAGGUACAAUGUUGACACCACCAAUUCAGUAGAAUCUUUUAAUGGUGUUAUCAAGGAAGCGAGAAAGUAUACCUUACUACCAAUGUUUGAUGUUAUCAUUGCGAAAAUGUCUGAAUGGUUUAACAACCAUAGGAAGGAGGCAGCUGAAAUACCAUACACACUGAAGCUUGUGCCUAUUUUGGAAACCGAAAUGUCUAAAAGAUGUGUUGAUGCGGGAUUUCUUACAAUUGACGAACUAAACAGCUUCCAUCUUGAGUACAGUGUGCAUGGUACUGACGGCAAGGUUUAUACUGUUGACAUGGCUAGGAAUACUUGCAGUUGUGAGCAAUUUGAUAAAGACAAAUACCCUUGUGUGCAUGGAGUGGCUGCUGCCACAUUCAUGUCUAAGGCAGCGGGAAGGGAACUUCAUCUAUCUGAGUAUUGUUCAAAAUACUAUUUGGUGGAGCAAUGGGCUUUGGCUUAUCACAGGACCAUAUAUCAUGUUCCUCAUAUGUCUGAUUGGGUUAUACCAGAAGAUGUUAAAGCAAAGAAAAUACUUCCUCCAGAUUAUGACAAGAAGAAAGGAAAACCACAACAAACAAGAUUUCCAUCAGUAGGAGAAUCCCGUGGAAGAGGCAAAAGAGGCAGAGGGGGAGCUAGAGGAGCCAGAGGCAGAGGCAGAGCCAGAGGAGAAGGUAUGGCAUCGUAUUUUGAAUGUGGGAGUGGUUCAGGUACUACCUAG